GGUAGACAUAUGUACAAAUAUAACAGGUACUAACUUAUUCCCGACCCUAGCUAUAUAGCUCUCAUAAGCAUUUAACCUCCCUAUUUCCUACCUGUAUUUCUCUUCCUUUUUCUACCUAGUACAACUCUUUUGUUCCUUCUUCCUAUUUUAUUCAUUUUUAUCACCCAAAGUACCACCAUAUCAUCAUUGAUCCUACCGUACAUCAACGAAAGACACUAAUAUAUUUGUUCUUUUACUACAUUGAAAUUUUAAACACAUUUUCAUAAAACCAAGAAGAAGAAGAAGAAGAAGAAGAAAGAUGCUUCCUCCUUUAAGAAGAUUCUACGGGUUUGAGAGUUGGAUGGAUAAUAAAGAGUUAGAGGAAAUCAACUGUGACAAAUCAAAAUCGGAGAGAAAAUCAAAAGAAGCAUGCAAGAGUCAUAGAGAAGCUGAAAGGAGACGCAGACAAAGAAUCAACGCUCAUCUCAACACUCUUCGCUCUCUCCUCCCUAACACCACUAAGUCCGAUAAGGCGUCGUUGCUGGCGGAAGUGGUGCAGCACGUGAAACGGUUGAAGAAGGAAGCUGAUGAAAUGGCGAAUCGUCACAAUGAUGGAGAGUCUUCUUCUUCGUGCAGCGGAGAACCUGGUUCAGUUAAUUCUACAGAGGUAGUUGAGACAUGGCCGUUUCCAGGAGAAUCAGAUGAGGCGACAGUGAGUUAUUGCGGCAAAGAGGAAGGAGAACCACGGAGGAUGAAAGUGACAGUGUGUUGUGAGGAGCGUCCGGGUCUGAACCAUGAUCUAACACAAGCAAUCCGGUCUGUUUUAGCGAAACCGGUUCGAGCUGAGAUGAUGACGGUUGGAGGUAGGACAAAGACUGUUGUGGUGGUGGAGUGGCCUAAUGGUGAAGGUGGUGAUGAUGUAAGAGAGGAGAAGGUGGUUGAAGCUUUGGAAAGGGGUUUGAAAGCUGUUAUAGAGAAUCGGGCUUUUGUGGAUUCUGGGAUGGGCCCGAUUUUGUUGGGCCGAAAACGGGCUCGUGAGGUUGAAUGUUCCUUGUUGUUGAGGAAUGAGGACUUUUGCUAACACGUAAUUAGGUUUGUGUUUUUCUAAGUGCUAGAACUAGAAAUAUCAAAUAUGUAGCAGUUAGUUUUUCAAAUCAAAGAAAAGAAUGUGACAAAGAGACAAGGACUACUGCUAAAGCAUAGUAUUAGUAGUACUCGCUUAUUUCUUAUUAUAUCGGAAAUGCUACUUAUCGGGAUUGAA